UGUACAAUUAUUUGAAUAUCGAAUAUUGAAUUUUGGCAAGAGGUAACUUCGAAGUCGAGAAUACAGGACUGUGGGCCAGGGUUAGACGUUAGCGGAAGAUUGGAAGGAGGUCCUAUAGAGAGACGACCCGGCUGAUGCUCUCUUCUCUGUGUGCGGUGCUUCGAAGUUGAUCUUGCUUCUGCCGCCAUCAUGUUGCUGAUUUUGGACGAUGAGCACAAGGAGCACUUGAGCUUUCUGACAUCAGUGGAGGUUGAUGUGGUGCGGGAAUUCUGCAAAAUUGCGAUGGGCUUCCUACGCAAAGGUGCCAAUCCAAAGAUCUACCAAGGCGCAGCACAGAAGCUGUCUGUCAGCCCCGAAACCAUCCAGCAUGGCGUGGAAGGAUUGAUGUAUCUGUUAACGGAGUGUGCCAAGCUUAUGGUUAAUGAGAUUGACUUCCAAGACUCCAUCCUUGUUCUUGGCUUCUCGGAGGAGCUGAAGUCUGAGCUUCUUCAGCUUUAUCUUGAGAACCGCAAGGAGAUUCGCCGGCUGCUGUCCGACAUGACUCUGCAGUUGCCUCACUACCACACACUGGAGUGGAGACUUGAUGUUCAGGUGGCCAGUCGGACCCUGCGCCAUCAAGUACAGCCAUCCGUUGUUCUCAAACUCCACACGACGGAAGAGGGUGAAACAAAAGCCCAGGUUCUGGAAACGGAUGCCACCAACUUGGCUCAUCUUGCUAGCAGCCUAGAAGGUGCGCUGAAUGAAAUGAAGGGUCAACAUUGUAGGAGAAUACUACGGAACAUCAAGUAGAACACAUGAUUUUUGCAGGGCCCAUCGAACAUGAACAUCUUUCUUUUUUUUCAAAUAGUUUCCUCAUGAAAUAUUUACCAACCCGUCUGUGACGGGGGUUGAGCAUUUGCUGGCAAUAGUUGUUUGUCAGCUUCCUUUCGCUUUUAAGUUGUCAAUUUGUAGUGUAAUCAUGACCGUUCAAUAAUUGUAUGUGUGUACAAUUCAUUGCUUUUCAUCAUGCUGGCAUGUUUGUAUUGUUUGGCGGAGGUUUGCACAGAUGUGACCUUUCCAUUCUUCUGUAUUUCAAUUGUGUAUGUGAUUUUUGAAGUAGGACGGUAACAUUGCAGAGACCCUUACAUCUAGUUUCAAGUAAUCCAGAUUUGCUCAUCCUGAUAUGGAAUUCUUAAUUAAUAGGGAUAAUUCAGUAUCGUGCUGUAAGUACCAUUAGUCCUUUCUACUCAUCCCCCAGCAAUCGACAUCCUAGGCUGAUGUUCUGAACAAUCACACGUGCACGUGCAGCCUA